CACUCGCAGCGCGGAUCGGCGCACACCCAUCACAGCCCGCUGACCUGACCGACAGUAGAACCGCAGCCAAUCCCAGCCCGUGCACUGCCUCGAAUACCCUGGGUCCUAAGUAUAUAAGCCCAGGCAUGCAGAAAGCAUGUGCAUCUCAUAGCAACCCCUCUUCGAUCUUUUCCUUCUAACGCCCUUUACGCCGCCCACCAUGUUCGCAAAAACAUCCCAACUUGUCCUCGGUCUCCUCUGCGCCGCAGCUGUAGUGAAUGCUUCGCCCUACCAGGAGAAGCGUGAUCUGAGCAGCGUCUUCAGCUCGGUCACAUCCGUGAUCGGCUCCGUAGCUACUCAAGCCACCUCUGCUGCUGGUUCCAUAUUCACCGACGCAACGUCUUUCGAUGGCAGCAUUGCCAGUGGUGCGACGUCUUUGGGUGGCAGCAUUGCCAGUGAGGCUACUUCACUAGGAGGUAGCAUUGCCAGUGAAGCUACUUCUGCCGCCGGCAGCAUCGCUACUGAAGUCACCUCUCUUGGUGGACAAGCCUACACCAUCGUUACCUCCGAGGGCGGCGAAGCUAUCACGCUCGCGACUAGCGGUGCCGGCGUCGCCACCAGCUUCGCUGGCUCUUAUUACACUGCCGUUGCUGCUGCGAGCGGCGGAACUUCCUCGAACGCCGCUCUGGGCAUGCAUUCGCUCACCGUAUCGGUGCCCCUCCUCACGAGUCUGCUUGUUGCUUUCAGCGGGGUGUUCUUGGGUGCCUGGGUUACGCUCUAAGCUUACUUUUGUUGCAUCAUUUAUAUGCUUUGCGCCUCACAUGUUCGCGCACCACAUACCUUACACUUCGAUCUUCUUCUGACCUACUAUAAGUUGCAAGACGCACAGACA